UUCCUUGUGUCACAUUUAUGAAAGUUAGUUCGCAGUUUUAUUCUAUUAAAACCAUUCGAAAUAUUUUUGUGACACAAACUUUAUAUUUUUAUUACAUCACACAAACCAAAUAAAAAAUAAUGUCGGACAAGCCGUCUAAUUCCAAGUCAGUAAUCGACGAUAAGGAUUUAGACGAUUUAUUGAAUAGCGCUCUGAAUGAUUUCGAUGCUGGAAAUCAAUCGAAGAGCACUGACAAGAAUAGUGAUGCCACAGAAGCCAACGCAAGCGCUGAAGUUUGGAAUGAAGAGUUCAUCACACAACAAGCCAAAUUAUUCGAAGAGCGUAUGGCCAAUGUAUUCACUGGUGUAGAAGGUGCACCGUCUGGAGAUCAAAUCAAUUUAACGUUUCAAAAAAUGGCGGAAGCGGCCGCUAUGGCUGUUCAGGGUCUCGAUGAAAAUGCAGCAUUACCCACAGAGCCGCAACUAGCAGAUAGUUUGACAGAAGCAUUGAAAUCAUUGAAAGAAGGAUCGGGUCUGUUGCAAGAGCCAAUUCCUCCAGAAGGUUUAACUGGCAUGUUUUCUGGCCUAAAUUUAGAUGAUGAUUCUGGUGAUAACCCCUUUUUACCAGUCAUGCAGGGUAUGAUGCAGUCUCUCUUAAGCGCUGAAGUAUUAUUGCCGAGCUUGAAAGAAAUGCUCGAAAAGUAUCCAAGUUGGUUGGAUGAAAACAAGGACAAAAUCAGUGAAGCUGAUAAGAAGCGCUACGAAAAGCAACAAGAACUAUUCAAAGUUAUUUGUACUGAGUUGGAGAAAGAAAGUCCGAACGAUUCAAUGGAAGUUAAAAGUGAACGAUUCAAAAUCGUUCUCAAAAAUAUGCAAAAACUGAACGAAUUUGGACAGCCACCGGCAGCCUUGAUUGGAAAUCCAACAGCAGGUGCAAUUCCAGAAUUUGACCCCACCCAGUUCAGUGAUCCAUCACAAUGUAGCCUAAUGUAAAAAAAAA